UGAAGACUGAUACUCAGUCAAUAUGAUGGUACAACAUGUACGAAGGUGUAGGGAAUUCACUGGGCCUACUCCUCAUUCCGUGGCUAUUAAAGCCAAGCCUACGAGCAAAAGACCAGUGGAACAUCUUAUCCUUGAAACAAGAAGAAAAGAUGAACUUAGAGAACAAGCCAUUGCUGAAACCAAGUACCAAAAACAGUGUGAUUUAAAGUCGGAAUGGGAGAAAGCAACUGAUAAGAGAAUAAAGAGCAAUACAAUUUCCAGAAGAGUUGAGAAGUUAAUGCAGAGAGGAACUUUUAGUCUGGAGGACAGAAGAGAAAGACUAAAGGAAAUGCUAUUGGCUGAAGAACAACAGUACAUUGAGGAAAUGGAGGCAAAAGAGGAAACAACUCUUGAAAGACAGGCCAAGAUGAGAGAAAGAGCCAAGUUCUUAAAGGAGAAAAGAGAACAGGAACGGUUAAAACUUGUACAGGAAAAGCUUGAUCAGAGGUGGAGAGACAACUGUGAAGAGCUACGAUCAACCCUCAGUCAGCGCCAUCAAGAUGAAGUUUUCACUGAGCGUCAUGAACAGCUUCAAAUGAAAGAGGAGCAGAAAACAAAGGAUGCAGAAGUAGAUAAAUAUUAUGCUGAUUUAUGGGCAAAAGACAUACAGAUUAAAAGUAUGAAAGAAGAACAGACUGCAAGGGAGCAGAUUGAAAGGAACCGCGAGACUUUGAAGGUUCUGCAAGUGCAGAUUGCAGCCUGUGAAAAGCAGCGAGAAGAUGAAAAGAAAUUGAAAGAGAUGGAAGCAGAGUGGUUGAAAGAAGAAGCAAGACUAAGAAACGAGGAGGAGAAAUGGUUGCAGGGUGAAAAGCUCCGUAAACAGAAAGCAGCAAAAAAAUCAAGAGAGGUGUCCAUCAGGCUUAAGAAAGAAAAGGAGGCUAAAGAAAAACAAGAAGAAUUAGCAAUGGACAUGAAAAUAUUGGAGAAACUUUUGGAUGAUACACGGAAUGAAGUGAAGGAAGAAACACAGAGAAAGCGUGAAAUGCGUGAGGAAAACUUGCGUUUCAUGCAAUACUGUGCCAUGAACCGUAAAGAGGAGGAAGAAAGAGAGAAGGAACUGGAACGACUGGUGAAUGAAGAGGUUGAGAAAAAAUGGGCCCAAACCAUACAGCAGUAUAAACUCGAAAGAGAUGCCCGCAAGAAGCUUCUGGCAAAUGUCAUGAAAACAAGAGAACAACAAACUGAAGAGAGAAAGCGACUGGCAGAAGAAGAACAAGAGGCUGAAAGAAAAGAACGGGAAGCAUUGCUUUCAGCCAUUGAAGAACACAAGCGACUGGAGGCAGAGAAUCAGGAAAGAAUAAAGAACAGAAAUGUGUCAUUCCAACGAGAUCUUGACAUGCAAAUAGAUUAUCAACGAAGGGUCAAGGCCAAGGAAAUGGAAGAGGAAGAAAGGGAAUUCAGAAUGGGACAGGAGGCGGAAGCUGAAUAUCAGCGGAAGUUAAAGGAAGCAUUGGAGCGACCAACCAUCGAUAAAGUACAUCCCAUGAGAAUUAUGGGAACAGCACUCAGAAGCAAAUCCAACUAACUUCCGUAUUUACAAGAUUAACAAAAUAUGAAUUUGUGCAUCUUGUUGACGAUUUCUAAUACAGGGAUGAAGUGAAUUGUACUUGAACAGAUAAUAAAGCUUCUUAUUCUGAAUCCUAACUAGAGUUUAAAAUAAUAGGAACGUUGUGUAAACUGGAGUUAGUUUCUUCAAUGUACAGCUGUAAUAUGAUACGAAACAGUGAUGUAUGUGUAAAAUUUCACCAAGGUUUUGUCUUUGUUAUAGUGAGGUAGUUUGUGAGUAGAUGCUCUUGCCUUUGUGUAACAUGCAAGAACAACACAUUAUACAAAGUGUAAAUAAAAGGUUAUUUAUGAUGUA